AUGGAAAAUAGUGGUACUUGGCCUUUUCUUAGGUCUUGUAAAAGCCUGAAAUCAGAAUUUUCAAAUCUAUAUAAAAUACCUAUAAUCUCAGAUGGUUUCACAAUUGGACGUAGCAUGUCGAAUUCCAUAGUAGUGCCAUUCAUCUCAAUUUCAAGAAAUCAUUGCAAAUUUACAAAAGGUGAUAAUAAUGAAUGGAUUCUAGAAGAUUAUAGCACAUUUGGUGUUAAAAUUAAUGGUGUGACUGUAGGCAAAGGACAUCAGAAAACUUUGUCUCAUAAUGAUGUUAUAUCUCUAGAACCAACUAAUGAAUUUAUGUUCAACUUUGUGAUUCCUUCACAAGACAAUGAGAACUAUGAGACACCUAGAAAACGUUUUAAAAUGGAGAACACUCAUAAUAACACAAUUAUUGAUGAUGUUAAAAUGAAGUUUGAAGAGUCACAAACAUUUGAAUUAAAACAUAUAGAAGAAAAGAUACAAAAUGCCAAACAAAUGCAAAAUACAUCGAUCAUUUUAAAAAAACAAUUACAAACAGAUAUGAACAGAAAAAUACAUCAACUAGAAAGUGAGUUUGCAUUACAAAUAGAAAAUUUAAAAGGAGAGAAAGAUGAAGUUGAACAACAAAAGAUUAAACUCAUAGAAGAAAGAGAUAUACAACUAGCUACAAUCAAACAUGACAUGGAACAAAAAAUUAGUGAACUCAUGGAACAAAUCCAGAAGCACAAUGAAACUGAAUCAGAAUUACUAAAAGAAAACAAUUCACUUAAAGAAAAACUCACAAAAGAACGGGAAGAGUUCUUGUCAGAGUUAAAUAGAGAAAAUACUUCUAAACAAGAAAUGUUAGAAAAAUUAAAAGCAAAAUUGCGUGAACAAGAAGAGAUCCAGUUAAAAGAACGACAAAAUUUUGUAAAUAUGCUCCAGAAAGAAACAGAACAGCUGAGAUUAGCUAAGGAAAAGGAGAUGAAAGAGUUAGAAGAGCAGAGAAUACAAAGGGAAAAUGAAUUGAAGGAAGAAUUGAAUAAAAUGAAAAAGAAUUUGGAGGAACAAAUACAACAAUCAGAACAAGAAAAAAUAAAAACUGAACAAUUACUUAAUGAGCAAAUGGAGUAUAUGAAGAAACUUAAUGAUGAAGAGCAAAUAAAAAUGAAAGAAUUGAUGACAGAAAGAGAAGAAUUACAAAAGAAAUAUAAUGAAGCUCAAUCUAGUGCUGAAAAAUCCCUUGAAGAAUUAAAGAUGCGCGUAACAGAGAGAGAAACAGAACUGGCAGCGUUAGCAGCAGAUCGAAUCCAAAAGCAGGUGGAACAGUCUAGUGCCGUCAUCAAUACAUUGCAAGAGCAACUUGAAAAGGUCACAAAUCAACUUCAAACAGUAGAAAGUGAAAGGAACACAAUAUUAGAAAACAUUGCUGCUCCAUCUAAAGCCAUUGAACAGUCAUCGAAGAAUAUGGUGCUUACAGAAAUGGGCGAGCUGAUGGAGAGUGAACUGCAGUGCAGUAUAUGUAACGAACUAUUUGUAGAAGCCACCACACUUAAUUGCUCCCAUACGUUUUGCAAGUAUUGCAUUUCUGUGUGGAAAAAAAAGAAAAGAGAUUGCCCUAUAUGCAGAGCAUCUAUCACAUCUGAAUGCAGGAGUCUAGUUUUGGAUUCAUUCAUAGAGAAGAUGGUACAAAGUCUUAGUGAAGAAAUGAAACAAAAAAGAAAAGAUAUCUUGGAGGGCAGGAAAGAACUCGAGUCGGAACAGGCCCGGCAGUCCAACGCUAACACCAGCCGAGGAAAUAGCAGCAGCUACAACUCGGCAGACGACGAAGAGUACUCCGAAUUCGCGGAGAGCGAGGAGGAACCAGAGGAGGACUACUUCUACGGCGACCGUUACGGCGAAUACGGAAAUGAAUGGAACACCGAGAGUGACGAUAGUCGACUUGACAGUGACGACGCCUAUGGUGGUCGGGUCGGAGGUAAUAGUAGUAACAGAAGAAUUGCGGAGACAAUAGAAGGACUUCCCGAUGCUUACUACGGCGGCUACGGGCGAUGCUACUCGUGUGGUGCCCGCGGCCACUGGGCGCCCGGCUGUCCCUUUAGGUAA